GAAAUCUCGGGCCACUGGGGCUGAGGACGCUGAGAGGGCGCUUCUGACAUAGAUGAAGUUGAUAAAGGAAAGUGUGAUCGCUGGGAGCUGGGACAGCCGCCCGUGGGAGGGAGGGCAGGCACCCGAACGCUCCCACCGCUCCUCCGUCCUCGGGAAAAGAGCCAGAAGGUGUAAUUAUGCGUAAAGCAACGGCAGGAGGAAUUAAAAAGCAGCUUUUAAGCGCGGCCACAUCGCUGGAGCCACGGCAAUGAAUGGGCAGGCGCUGCCGGCCGGCACGCCAGCGCAUCCCCGGGGCUGGCAUGAGUUCUGCGAGCUGCACGCCAUCAGCACCGCCAAGGAGCUGGCGCGGCACUACCUGCGCUUCGCCACCGAGCACCCGCACCAUGACCUCCUGGCCGCCGAGAACUUCUCGGUGCAGUUCACCGACCUCUUCCAGCAGUACUUCUGCCACGAGGUGAAGGAGGGCAUCGCCAUGAACCAGCUCCGCAUCCUACCCGGCGGCCCAGCGCGGGAUUACCGGGACACGCACCGGCGGCACACCGACGCUUCCUUGGGCACCGUGGCCACCAAAGCCGAGGCGGAGCCCGGCGCCCGCCCCGAGCAACCCGUCCGAACCCCUGAGGCUGCCCCGUCCGGACUGCGCAAGUCGUGGAGCUCGGAGGAGCUGGCGGGGCCGGCGCGGAGACCCUUCUCGCUCAGCCAGCUGCGCAGGAGCUGGCGCAGCCUCUUCCGACGCCGCUCCUCGGACGCCCUGGCCGGGGAUGGCGACGGGGAGGCGGCCGAGGCGGCUCUCAAGCCGGGACUGGGUAAGCGCAUCCUGCCGUGGGGGCUGUCGCGGGAGCAGCCCCCCGAGGUGCGCAAGGAGGGACUCCUCAAGUACGGGCUGCUGGACGAGAGCUCCCUGGACAGUGGGACGCGCUGGCAGCGCUGCCGCCUGGCGCUGCGGCGAGCGGGGCUGCCCGACGCCGAGGGCUUUGUGCUGGAGCUCUUCGACCCGCCCAAGAGUUCCAAGCCGAAGCUCCACGUCGCCUGUUCCACCGUGCAGGAGGUGCGGAGGUGCACCCGCCUCGAGAUGCCCGAUAACCUCCACACCUUCGUCCUCAAGGUCACCAACGCCACCGACAUCCUGUUCGAGGCCGGGGAUGAGCAGCAGCUCAACUCAUGGACGGCUGAGAUUCGGGAGUGUGUGUGCAGGGGGUCUGACACGGGUGACCCCGAGCUCCUGGUGUGCCGGCACCCUGACCCCUCAUCCGCCAACCCCACCACCAGCACUGACCCCCUCGGCCAAGGUGAGCAGCGGGGACACCCAGGGCACCCUGGGGACAGAACAUUCCUUGCCAGGGGGUCACCGUGUCCAGCCGUGGCUGGGCUGAUUUGGUUCCCCUUUGGCAUGACGGGGGUGACAGAGCCAGAGGGGAGGGCGAUGGGGGUUGUGGGCAGGGGUCUCCACUUCCCAGGGACACUCAUCCCUGUGCCUGCCCCAGCAGUGGCAACGCCAGGGGGCCCAGGGGAGGCGGCGGGGCCGAAGAUGGAGCAGUUCCUCUCCUCCUGCCCCUGGUUCCACGGGCCCAUCUCCCGCGUGAAGGCGGCUCAGCUGGUGCAGCUGGGGGGGCUGGAGGGUCACGGCGUGUUCCUGGUGCGGCAGAGCGAGACGCGCCGCGGCGAGUACGUGCUCACCUUCAACUUCCAGGGCAGAGCCAAGCACCUGCGGCUGGCGCUGACAGAGCGGGGCCAGUGCCGUGUCCAGCACCUGCGCUUCUCCUCCAUCGUGGAGAUGCUGCACCACUUCCACCGCUACCCCAUCCCGCUGGAGUGCGGCACGGCCUGCGACGUGCGGCUCUCCAGCUACGUCGUGGUCCUGUCCCACUCCCAAGCAGCUCCCGGCUCCAGCACCACGGUCCCUCUCCCGCUGCCUGUCCCUGGCUGGAGCCCCGAGUUCAGCCUCGCCCCCGCCAGCUCCUCCUGCCCCCACAGUGCCGACGAGGCUCCCCCCGGCCCCCCCUCGGAGCAGAUCUUCCACCUGGUGCCUCCGCCGGCCGAGCUGGCGCAGAGCCUGCGCCCCAGCAGGACCCCCCCGGCCCCCGGGCCCCGGCACCGCGAGUCGGACUACGAGGUGGAGGCGCCAGGCCGGGGCCACGUCCGUGCCAUCGACAACCAGUACACACCACUCUGACUGGCACUGGGAUGCACUUUUGGGUGGAGAAAUCCUAGAGACCUUCUGGGGAUCCAUCGAGAGAAAGAAUGUACCUGUUUCUUCCUUCUGGUUAGGGAUGAUUAUUGUAUUUUCGCAAGGAAGGGGGUAAUUUUUCACUCCUGUAUGGGUGUGCUCCCUCUCGUUGGCCUGUUGAAGGGCCUCUUAUUGUUAUUUUUGUUGUUAUUCUCAAAGCUUUCUCAUUACUGUUUACACACCGCUCGUGCCUGUGCCCCCGUGUGCCGAGCACCGCGACGCCGGGCUCGGCCUCCCGCCUGUCCCAGCAAAGGAACCAGAGUCUGUGCUACACCCACAGAACUGGAGAAAGAUAAAAAAAAAAAAACAAAAAAACAAACAGAAAACUAAGAGAAAAAGGAUCAUAAAUUCAUUGACAAGUUGCUGCUCUAGGCCCUGUCCUCCCGCCUCAGCACCUGCUGCCACUGCCAAACCCUCCAGCAAAGCCCAGCCUGAGCGGAGCUCCCGCCUCGGGUGCCAGCAGAGUUUGGGCUUUGUUUUUAGAUAAGGCAAAAACUGGCUUUUCUUGCACUUCUUUUUUAACCCAGCACAGCCACAGUCGCUCCCUGCACCAGCCAGGGGAACGCUCACCUCGCUUGCCCAGCUAAUUGAGACGUGAACACUAAUUGCUCCAUCCUUAAUCGUGUCACCAGCUGAGAACUAACACAGAGACUGACAGCAAACCACGCCUGCUGGUGAUGGAGGGCUUUAUCCCGGGGAGGGAGGUAUUUUAUCCCUGUCACUGAGAGGUUUUAUCCCAGUGAUGGGCACAUUCAGUCCAUGUGGUGGAAUCGUUUUAUCCCGAUGUUGGAACUGUUUUAUCCUGGUGAUGGAAUUGUUUUAUCCCAGUGAUGAAACUGUUCUACUGUUCUACCCCAGUGAUGGAACAGUUCUAUCCCAGUGACUGGAAGCGUUUUAGGCACAAAUUUAGAGUCAGUUUUUCCCCUAAACAUUUUCUCACCCUCACCAGCUCAGUCCACCUUCUGUCACUUGCCUUUUCCCCCCAACCACCGUGUCACCAAGAAUUUGGUGGUAUUUAAAGCUACACAGGCAAGGGGGGGUUGCUUGGACACCUCCUCACCUGGAGGAAAAACCUGUCCCAGCAAAUCUCUGGGUCUCAAGGUCCCCUGAUCCCAAAUCUCCACUGCUGGUUCCAAGCCCUGGUGCUGCUUCACCUGCCAGGGGCUGGGGCAGCCGUGGGAGAGGAACCACUUCUUCGAAGCUACCGUUAUUUUAAGAAUGAGGAAGGGCUGGAGCUGUUGCGACAGCCGGGUGGGGGGAUGUUCACAGCAUUCAACUUCCAGAUUUCCCAGCGGAGCCCCCGGGAUUUCGGCUGCAGGACUUGUCUUGAGAACUGCCUUCCAGAAAGCUUUUGGUUUCUGUUUUCCUUGAAGUUGCAGUACAGGUGGGAGCCCUCAGGAGCAUUAACAUUUAGGAAUUAAUUUGAAAACAAGCGAACACAAAGCCUUGUUGGGCUGAGUUAGGGUAUUUCACAAAAAUCCAGCCUCUAAGAUGGGCUUGGUGAGCCCAGUUGGUAGCCAAGGUCAGGAGCUGAAGGGUAAAUCCCGGUGCUGUGGGGCAAGGCCAGAAUAUCCAGGGCCUAAAACAGCUCAGGGAGUGGCAAUGAGAGCAAAUCUGGGUUUACAAGUCACAGUCGAAGGAUGUGACUGGGAGAAACAGGAACCAUCAACUCGAGAAACCAUUUAGGAUUUGCAUUUUAUGCCUCCCCAUCACUUGCUCCAGCUCUCCCCUGGGUUUUGUGCAUUUAGAGCAGGCAGAGGCUUUUUUCCCCUCCUUUCUCUUGAAAAUGGGUGCAUGGGGAGGAAUCAAUCCUACUUUUCUGUGGGGAUCAGCAUUCCCAGCACUCAGCACAUGCUGUCACACACUCACUGCUGAAACUGGAGCACUAAGAGCGAAUUGCACUGGUCCAGCUCCUCCAGCACUGCCAGAGGCUGAGGGGGAAACAAAGGCAGCCCUGUCCUCCUGGAGCUCCUCAGCUGUAUCCGCAUCCCAUUUCCCUGCCCGGAGCAGCACAAAGGCUGCAUCCAGUGGCAGGAGCACAUCUCUGGGCUGGUCUGUGCCAGGCAAGUCAGCUCCCUCCCUCCCUAAUAAAUAACUCCCCGUGGUCUGCAUUUGCAGGGAUGGGGAAGGGAAGGGGGAGGAAGCACACGCAAAUUGUUUUCCUUUCCUUGCUUAGUGCCUGGUUCCUAAAGCCUUGGAAAACACGUACACGUGCUAAACCUUGCUGAGAUUCCUGAUUUUAGUCCCACUGAGAACCAGGGAGCUGCUUUCAAAGGGGUUUUUCCCCCCUAAAAAAUGAGGUGGUCUCUCCUGAAUCUCCCCACAUCUGCAAAGAAAGGAUGGGCUGGGAAAAGGGAUCACUGUUCACAGCCAGUGCAGCCCUUGCCAGAUGAAUCCACAUAAAUCCCUGCCAGAUCAAUCAGAUGCUGCUGGGGUGGGUUGUUUUGGCAUUCCAGGGUUUAUUGUUCCAGUGCCAGAACCGUAACAUGCAUGUGCAUGUGGUAUUUUUAACCUGCAGUUUAAUUGCAAGGGGUUUCUCCGCAGCUGAAAUGGAAAUUGCUGUGCUUGAUCACCAAAAUAUAUGUUGGGUUCAUUGUCACCCCAGCAGCUGCUUCCCCUGUGCAAACAAACUCCUGUUCUUCUCACCCAGAGCAGUGGGGAAGUACUCUAUUUAAUAAUUUCCAUCCCAAAACUCACCAACGAGGGGGCCAAGGGUUUUCCAGCCCUCCCAGCUCCAUCAUAUCCCCGUCUCAGACCCACUGUGCUCCUGAGCCAGCACCUGAGGUGAUUUUUGGGUCAUUUCCCAAGCUCCUGGGGACUGAGUUUGAACUCCCAUUUCUCCUAGAAAGCAUCUGGUUUGUGACACAGGUCAGAGCCCGACACACAGUCCCACCUCUGCUCCUGCCAGCACCCUGCUCCUCCAUUCCACAGGGCACCCAAUCCUUGAUUAGAGCAGCGGGCAGAGAGCAUUAACCAUUCCAUCCUAUGGAAUGUAAGCAACUUGCAGGGAUCUUUAUAUUCUUGUGACCUGGGGGAAGAUAGGGCUGAGCAGGUUUAGUUCCUCAGCCCAUGUGGGUUUUUAUUGGUGUUUAUGAAGUCUCAGUGUUGAGUUUUUAGGGGAGGGGAAGCCAAGGGAAGAGUCUCUGGGUGGCUCUUAGCAGGUACAGCCACCUCCCAGGUGUGACCCCACUUGUGCCUUGGCCCUGGAGAUGGAAUGUGAGUUUGGAUCCAACCUAACAAAGCCAUGACCCACAGCAGGGGCUCCGGAGGCCUUUCCUGGUGGCCUCUCCCAGGAGAGGCUGUUUUCGGGGGGAGCCCCAUUUCAUGCAGGUACUCAGGGCAGGUUUUGGCAAUAAGGAUGCAAACCAGGCAGUGCCUUCUCUCUGUGGGACAGCAGGGACCUGGCUUAGGGCAUAACCCAAGAGUUGGGUCCAGCCACAACUCCUCCCCAUUAUCAUCUUCAUAAAUCACUUGUUUGCUGACAGACCCCCCUGCUCUGUGGCUUUUUCAUGUCCCUUUGGGUGUCAGGCUCUGCAGAAGUCCAUGACAUGAAGCAUUAUUUGAUGUCUCCCUCCCACCUCCCACAUCCCAGCCCUGUGGAACAGCACCAGCAGGUACCAAACACUGACACCUCCACCCCUCACCUCACUGACGCUAUUUUGGGGCAAAGGUUAUGGGGAGAGAUCCAGGGAUAAGACAAAGCUUCUCUUUUCCAACCUGGACCACCAAACACUGGCCUUACCAGUAUUCCAAAUUUUAAUUUCAGCUUGUUUGAUCCAAACAGCCCCAACCUUCACCAGCAACUCCCGGGGAGGCGACUGUGUGUUCCCAAACUCAGCCUUCAGCAGGACGAUUAAAACCAACAUUCUGUUGGGACUUAAUUAAUAUGAAAGUUCUACUUUUCACCUGCACAGAAAAGUCCUUCUUGUAAUUUUUUUCUAUAUAUUGUUUCUGUAUGUACUGUACAAGUAACUUAUUCUUGAAUAAUGCGAUUUUACCGUAAUAUUAAAAAAAAAAAAAAAUCUGCUCUUAAUAAACUGUUUUUAGAACUCGUUUCUCA